GUCUCUUCGCAUACAAGCAGUCAGCCCGGCAGCGAUCACGCGCCAUACCGUACCGUAGAACGUGAUACGCGCCUUCGAGCGUCUUCGCAUUUUCCGUGUGUAUUGCUUCCCUGUUCACGGUUCGAGAAAGGUGUGUCGGCAUCCGCGUCGGUGCUGCUGUCUAGUGCUGUGUGCGAUCUGCGUAUCGUCAGUCAGUCAGUCAGUCAGUAAGAGAGUGCAACGUUACUCUAAACCGGCAUAAUCCGGCACCGGCUCUACAGGUGUAUUGUUUGGACUGUUUGAUAGGAGGAGGAGUGCAAAGUGGGCGUUCAGUGGCUUUCCAAAUCGAAACACGACGGAAUUAUGCUCUAAAUCGCGUCGAUUGGUUUUGAAGUUUACUUACCGAGACUGAUAAGAAUCGUGAAAUAAAACAAGUCUCUUGGCCUUGGACUUGAGAAGUGAUUGAGAGUGAAACGGACCUCAACGGGAUUUUAAAUCCAUCGAAGGAUAGCAUAAUAACCGAACAAUAUCGCUAUUGGCUGUGCUCUAAAGUGUGUAGCUUGUGGUGCAAACGGCAACGAAGCAUUUGUAUCGCUGGAACGAGCAUAGGCCGGUACAGCCGGUGCGUAGGAGCGUUCUGCAGUACGUUCCAGAACAAACGCCAACGAACAAACGGAAGAAGAUCGAGCACGAUCCUCAGCAUCGCAGUUUCCCCCCACCGCAGUCAAGAGCAUCUUGGCGUGUAGCAUGAAGACGGAAGAGAAAACGAACGUGCCGCGGGUGCGGAUAGCAGUGCUCGGCAAUAUCAAUGUCGGAAAAUCGGCCCUCACAGUGCGCUAUCUAACCCGGCGGUUCAUCGGCGAGUACAGCUCGAACACGGACCUGCUGUACAAGCAAACCGUGACGCUGGACAGUGGCGUGCUGGACGUGGAAAUUGUGGACAUCUCGGCCGAGAAUGACAACGGGUUCCCGGUGGAGCAGAUCCAGUGGGCCGACGCCUGUCUCAUCGUUUACAGUAUCACGGACCGCAGCAGCUACGAGUACGCCCAGCGAUCGCUGGCCGAGCUCCGUCAGCUGCAGAACGCCCCCUCGGCCUACCUGGUCGGCAACAAGGCCGACCUGGACCAUCUACGGGAGGUCCAGGAAACGGAAGGAGCAUCACUAGCCGCCUCCCAUGCCAUCGGAUUCUGCGAGGUCUCCGUCGCGGACAACUCACCUGCCCUCUACAAAGCUUUCGAGCGGCUGCUGAUCGAAUCACGGGCCCGUCCGGUAAAGCCACGCAAAUUUUCCGUCAGUAAAAUGUUCGGCACACUGAUCGGUAACGCUGGCACCCGGCAAACGCCCGUCAAUCAGGGCACGGUUGUACCGUGCCACAAGGGAGAGCUCCACAAAUCGCGCGUCAUGAAGCGACGCCAAGCAUUCACGGCGACGGCCUCCCUAUGACCGACAUCGACCACGGCUGAGGACAGCAACUAGAGCACCCAAGAGGAUCCGGAAGGAAGGAAAGGUGACACACGUUAAUCGGAUUCAAUCGAUUCUUUCCCGGGACCUACCCUGUCUCAAACACUAACGUGCUAGCAAAGCAGAAUACUUAGGAUAGGAUUGGUAGAGGCGGCAGACAAGGCAGGAGUUUUGUGAUGAUAGACCUAAUGUUAAGGCGGGAUGAUGACUGACAGGGCACUUGUCUCGUGAUUCAAGAUGUACUUUGCUUCCCCCCAGCCCCCCGAUAUUCAUCAGGCCACGCACACAAGCUCACAUUUUAAGCGCAUUUUGUUCCUUUCCGCCAUCUAACACCUAGCCAUGUAAGUGAAGCAUUUGCGAGCAGCUCCCAAGCGACCGAGGACACCCUUAUCGUUUUAGCUAAGGGCGCUAAUACAUGUCCUCGGUGCGUGGGCGCAAACACACAUACACACACACACAAACACACACGCAUAAACACACGUGUGCGCGCGAUUCGUCGAUUGUCUAGGAUAGAUUGUUGCUCAACGUCGCAGAUGGAACUGAGGGUGGGAGAGACCAGGGAUGCGCACUCAAUCGAGCCUCAUUAAUGUCGCCCAG